AUGGGAGACAAAUUGUCACAACAACAGAGGGACUACGAAGUUCAGAUGGUGAAAAUCUUUGCAGGUUAUGGAUGUGAGAAUUGCAAUUACUUUUUAGAUGAUAUGGAGAAGCUUUAUUCUGUGGAUCUUGCUCCAUGGGUACCAGUUGUGGGUCUGGAAAUUCAUGCACAGAUCAGUUCCAACUCAAAGCUUUUCUCUGGUUCCCAAGUCCAGUUUGCAGCAGCUCCUAACUCUUUGGUAUCUUUCUUUGAUGCUUCUUUACCAGGAACUUUACCAGUUCUCAACAGGAGAUGUGUAGAAGCAGCAGUGAUGACAGGCCUGGCGCUCAACUGCAGCAUAAACAAGAGGUCCUUGUUUGACAGAAAACACUAUUUCUAUGCAGAUCUGCCUGCUGGCUAUCAAAUCACUCAGCAAAGAGUUCCUAUUGCGGUGAAUGGAAGUCUGUCAUACAGUCUCUGCAUAGACAACAAAAUGAGCCAGAUGGUGACCAAAACUGUGAGGAUUAAACAAAUUCAGUUGGAGCAAGACAGUGGAAAGAGUCUCCAUGAUGACACAAGGAACCAGACUCUCGUUGACUUGAAUAGGGCUGGUAGGCUUGGAUUAUUUUCCUGUUUUUUGGAGCCUGAUAUGUGCUGUGGGGAAGAAGCAGCUGCAGCAGUCAGAGAGCUUCAGCUCAUUCUUCAAACACUUGGGAGCAGCCAGGCAGUCAUGGCAGAGGGUCAGCUGAGAGUGGAUGCCAAUGUUUCUGUGCAUCACCCUGGAGAGCAUUAUGGAGUGAGGACUGAAGUGAAGAAUAUCAAUAGCCUACGAUUCCUGGCAAAAGCAGUAGACUAUGAAAUACAGAGGCAAAUUGAAGAACUUGAAAAUGGAGGAACAAUUCUGAAUGAAACAAGAGCCUUUGAUUCCAAGCUUGGGUGCACUGUACCAAUGAGAGACAAAGAAGGAAAACAGGAUUAUCGGUUCAUGCCAGAGCCAAACCUUCCUCCAUUGAUUCUGUACGAUGCUAAAUCUUUGCCAGCUAAUAUGAACCAUCAGCAAGUGGUAAACGUUGAUUGGAUUCAUGAGAGACUUCCUGACCUCCCCAGUGUGAAGAGAGCAAAGCUUGUUGAACGGUAUGGGAUUCUUCCUGAACACAGCUUCACCUUAUUGAAUGAAGACGGAUUAACAGAAUUCUUUGAAAAUGUGGUAAAACAGACCCAGAUGAAGCCAAAGAAAGUGAUCGGCUGGAUUCUAAAUGACCUGCUCAGUUAUUUGAAACAACAUUCCCUUAUAGUAAAGGAAAGCCCAGUCAGUUCUUUUCUCCUGGCUGACCUUCUGAACCUUCUAGAAAAAAAAGAAAUUUCUUCUACAGCAGCAAAGCAGGUGCUUGCGGAAUUGUGGAAGGGAGAAGGGAAGACUCCUUUUGAAAUUGUUAAAGAGAAGAAACUUGAACUGAUACAGGACCAAAAAGAGCUUGAACAGAUCUGCCAGGCGGUGAUUGAUGGACAAGAAAAUGAGGUUAUGGCGAUAAAAGCAGGAAAUCAAAAAGUUCUAAAUAAGUUAAUUGGCCUGGUACAAAGAGAAACACAAGGACGAUCCAAUCCUGUUCUGGUGAAGCAAUUACUAGAGAAGAAGCUGUCGGAGUAGCCACAAGAGAAAACCGCCCAAGUGUCUACAGAAAGCACGUGCUUCGUUCUGUCUGGUUCACUGCAAAUGAACUUUGGUGCCUCCUCGUGUCUCAUCAGGAUUGUUGGUUGUACUUCAAGCGGCAUUACGUCCUAGCCUUCCCCGGAUGCAUCAGCCAAAGGCAGAUGAGCAAAAGAAUAGCAGGAGAUGAUACAGUCAUUUGCAUCUCCCUCACUUCGGUGUGGCACUCGGAAAUGUGAUUUCCACACAGCCAUGGGAAACAAGUUCCCAGAGGUAGCUGUGAGUGCGCAGAGAGCUGAAGCUGCAGUGGUUAGUUUUGUAAUAAAGCAAGUGUAAACUCA